CCAAAGCUGCUCUAAGGCACAUUGAAAACAAGCUGGAUGUGGCCCCCACAAGCAGCGUCAUUUUUGAUCCCAUCAUGGAUGCCAGGAAGCCAGUUGGUGCUACUCGGAAAAUAAGUAGGAAGGAUGGACGAUACCUUGAGGAUACGAAUAGUCACCCAAGCAAGUCUUCCCGUCCUAGAAAAUCCAUCAAAGAAAAGACUUCUCGCAGUCCACUGCGUGUCACUACUCUGGAGAGCAAUGUGAAAACUUCUUGCCAUGUUGGGUUCCGGGAACCUUUGGCCUCAUAUCGGGAUGCUGCAAGUGUGCUUUCAUCUUCAAAUGAGAAAAGCUCCGUGCACCCUGUAUCUGGUCUAAAUAAUGGCGGCCAGGACGAAAAGGACUUUGACAGCACUCGUACUUCAGCUUUGGAUGAGACCUCUGUGCGCUACCUGAAUGACCGACUGGCCAUUGAUGCUCUUGAGUGGAGAUCACAGCAGUCUCGCAGUGACAUACAAACUGGUUUUAGAGAAAUGAAAGCAUCAGAAAUUUCCCAGCAACAUGUGUCGUUCAGUCCUUCAAGUAAUAAGCUAGAGACUCUGAAAAGGCGGCAACCUGACACCAAACUGGAGAAACUGAAAGAAAGAAUUCGCCAGCAGUGGGAGAUGUCAGUGGAGAAGGACAACAGAGAACGUCUCCCAAACACUACAAAUUAUACAGAUGUUGCAACAGGCACAAAGACGCGGAAAGUGGCAGCUGCCCCUCCACCUCCGUCUUACCGUGGUUUUAACCCCCCAGAAACAAAAAUUCGUACUCCAGAUGGAAAAGUCUGGCAGGAGGCUGAAUUUCAGAACCUCAGUGCACAGCUCCAUAGUACAUUGACACCCUCAUUCCAAGAAAUUGCACCUUCAAGUGAAAAGACGAAAGAGAGGAGAACAUCUAGACCAGUGAGGAAGGUGCAGAGGUUGGGAGUAGAUGGAGGCUCUGCAAGUCCUGAUGGCAAAAUGGGACACAUAAUUAGUACAUCUUCAUGGAGAGAUGGUCAAAAGCUGGUAAAACAAAUCUUGGGUCCUGCACGUAAGGUUGAAAAGGAAGCAAAGUCUCAUUCUGAUGAUCUUCAGACAAACAAACAGGCUUCAUCCACAAGCAGAGCAAUGGAUAAAAGGUCGGCAUCCAAAGAAAGGAGCACAGAGAGAAGGAUGGUAUCUGAUGAUCAGCAGGGGAAGGGUCGUUCAAAGUCAAGUGAUCGACAUACUGGCAAAAGAUCCUCUUCCAAAGAUCCACCGAAAGAAAGCCAGGACACAACCAGUAAAUCAGCUUCAUGGUCCAAACCCUUGUGCAAGGAUUGUUUAGAGGAAAUAGUUGCAAAAGAUUCGGCCGGAAUGUUUAAGGGGCUUUUGGACUCAAUGAGAGAUGAAAUGGUUACUACAUUUCAGUCUUUCAGGUCGGCGCUCCAGACCCCGAGCUGGUGCUCCAACAAAAACUGGAGCUGGCUAUACUGCACUUGGAGAGUCUGGGUUGGUUUGGUGAACAGGGAGGAGUCACAACUGGUCCCCGCGCAGAGAGUGAAGUUUCUGGGUUAUUGGAUCAAUACCGAGGACAUGACCAUUGCAUUACCAGGAGACAAGGUGUCUCUAUUGAUAGAGGAGUCGCUGAGACAGAAGUUACAGAACACAGCCCCAGUCCAGUCGGUGAUGAGAAUGGUCGGUCUCAUGACGUCUACGAUCCCAGCUGUUACCUGGGCACAGUUCCACUCAAGGCCAUUGCAGAAUUGGCUGUUGAGGGUGUGGGGAAGUCGACUAGAGGACUUAGACAAAGGGGUCCAGAUCACAGAGGAAAUCAAGCAUUUACUGCUGUGGUGGAUGGAUUGUCGGAACCUCUCAGUCGGCAGACUUUGGUGUCAGCCUACACCGCUGGUGGUCACGACAGAUGCCAGUGCCUGGGGUUGGAGUGCUCACUGCCAGGAGCACAUUUGGCAGGCUGCCUGGGAGCAGGCGGGCCGCCUCAAAUCGUCAAACUGGAGAGAGCUGAAGGCGAUAGAGCUAGCUCUCUGCCAGUUCCGGGAGAUGUUAGCCGGUCACCAUGUGGCAGUGGCCUAUAUAAACAGGCAGGGGGGCACGCGUUCGCACGGCCUCAUGCAGUUGGCAACGAAUAUUCUAACUUGGGCAGAGCACAACCUCCUCUCCCUGACGGCGAGGCAUAUCAAGGGCAGCCUGAACGAGUUGGCCGAUUCACUCAGCAGGACGGAGCUGCACAGGUCAGAGUGGACUCUGAACGCAGGAACGUUUGCAUGGAUCACCAGCUUGUGGGGCUGUCCCGAGGUGGACCUCUUCGCAGCGGCCGACAACAGAAAGGUGGAACCAUUUUUUUUUUUCCCUCUCCAGGAACGACGGAGCCCUAGGGGUGGACGCUUUGGUGCACCCCUGGAGGUUCAGUCUAGGUUACGCAUUUCCUCCACUGCAGUUAAUCCCGAAUGUGCUUCGAAAGCUCAGGGGCGAACGGAUGACGUUAAUUCUCAUAGCGCCAUGUUGGCAGAAGCGGCCGUGGUUCACGACCCUCCUGGAGCUGUGUGUGGCGGGGCCUCUGCUUUUUCCGCCAGCGGCGGAUUUAUUGAUGAAGGGCACGGUGAGACACCCGCAGGUGCAAGCUUUAAAUUUAGCUGCAUGGCUACUGAGAGGGAGGUGUUAACGAACAAAGGGUUAUCAGCACGGGUGGUGGCUACACUGCUGCACAGUAGAAAGCCGAUAACAUCUGCGAUCAACCUGAAGGUUUCUGUGCUGUCUAAUUUCGUGGACAUUAGACUGGCGGAGGAGCCUCUCACCAAAAGGUUCAUGCGAGCGGUAGGCAGAAUGAAACCCCCGAAGCGUAAGGUGGUGCCAAACUGGGACCUCUCGGUGGUGCUACAAGGGUUUCUCAAGCAGCCUUUCGGGCCCCUGGGGGGGUGUUCCAUUCAACAGCUGACGAUAAAGACAGCUCUCUUGGUAGCGUUGGUUUCCGCACGGAGAAUUAGCGAGAUUCAGGCAUUUUCCAUUACAGACCCGUACUGCACCAACCUGGUAGAUCGGAUUAUUUUGCGACCAGACCCGGCAUUCCUGCCAAAGGUGGUUUCCACCUUCCACAGGACUCAGGAGGUGGUCAUUCCUUCGUUUGCCACCAACCCGGCCUCUGCAAGAGAACGGGAAUGGCAGGGUAUUGAUGUUCGUAGGAAUCUUCCAGGACAGCAUAUUCCCACCCUUGCACACUCUUCAAGCCGUUUGGAGUCUCAUCAUCCUGAGAAUUCUACUAGGGGUCAAGCUAAGAAAACAAAUGAAGUAAACGGUACAGAGAUGCAGAAAGUCAAAGCUGAAUCGACAGAAGUGAAAAAAGAUUUUCUUCCUCUGGAAAUCAGGGGAAUCUUGGAAGAUCUGCAGUUGGACGGUGCCGUUGAUGGUACUAAACAGGUCCGUAACAGAAGCCAAAGCCCCACCAAAAGGAAACCUGAAAAGGGACAAGUUUCUGAAGAGCCACACAUCUCCUCAAAAAGGAGGCAUUAUGACACUGAGCAGGUACGGUUAUAUAUUAUGCGCCAACAGGAAGAGAGGAAAAAGAGUCAGCAGAAGCAGAGGGAGGCCCAGCGGCAAGCUGAGGAACAAAAGAACAAGCGACUACAAGAACUGUAUCAAAAACAAAAGGAGACUUUUAGCAAAGCUAAAAGUGUGUCCUUGGGACAGCGAGAGAAGGAAGUUCAGGAGACGACGUCAAGCAAGUCUCCGGAACCAAAUUUACAGCGACCACAUGAUACUUACACCAAACUGCUGCUAGGACAAGCCUGGCCUGAAGUCUCUACACAGAAGAAGGAAACAAAACUUUUGUAUCAGCCUUCCGGUGAGUCAGACAAAGAGAAUAAAGGCCAGGAGAGACCUCAUAGUGCCUCCUCCAGUAGCGACCUCUCCCUCUCUGAGCCUCUACAGCCCCUUCUCAGGAAUGACCUUGCAGAGACAUACUAUCCUCAACCAGACAGGCUGACCUCAAAAAGCCUGUUACCUCAUUCUUAUAGCCAGACACCAGGGGGAGCCGGAAUUCUUCCUCAGUACCUUGCCCUUCCUAAAGACUUGGAAUCUAUGUUUAGUAACUGGAAAAGUUCUACAAAUGUAUUGCCAUCCAGUCACAAGUCAAAUGUCCAAGGAAAACCAUCCACUGAUUUCAAGAGCAAUCUGGAUCGCAUAGAAUCUUUAAAAGCAACAGCAGUAUCUCUGUCCUCUAGAAUUGAAAAUGAAGCUAAAAAGUUAGCUGGUGGAUCACUUAACUUUCCAUCUGCCUGGUCUGUUGAUCCAGAUCCAAGACAGCCAAUAAAAGCAGCUUGGAAGAAGCCAGACAGUCCCCCAGAACGAGAGAGUCGAGAGGAUGUUUUCUCCAGUAGGAUGCAGAAAAUGCUGAGCACAUGUUCCAGUAGCUUCUCCCAGGAUGACCUUCCUGGGGCAAACCAUCUCUACAGGAAACAUCCUGAGGAGCUUAUGCCUCGAGCAUCCACCUCUCUAAGGACACACGAUGUUGGACAAGAAGAAAAAUCGUCCAUGCAAAAACCUGAAACAUCUGCAAGGCCUGAAAUGUCAAAGAAAGCCUCUCUGUCUCCCAAUUCCAGCACCAGCUCUAUUAGUGAAGGGCCAAUAUUGAGUGAGGCCAGUUUUUCUGAAGAGGAAGGUCUUCCUAAACACGAGUCACAUCCUAAUCCUGCAGAAACUCUUAAAAGUAAAGAGUUCUGCAUCCGGGACACCAAAUCUUUUGCUCCGCUUUCUGAGUUCCAGAGGGAGGCUGAUAAAUAUCUACCUUUGCCAACAUCUAGCAUUAGACCGGACCCUUGGGAGGAGUUGGCCAAAGGAAGCCCUCACAGUGUCAUUAACAUCUUUACCAGAUCUUACCAGUACUAUGGCAAAAAACUAAAUGGACAUUGUGAAGAGAGCAAACCAGAGCCUGUGCAUUCAGCAGCUAGUCCUCAGAACAGCAUCUCCUAUGCAGAUGAUUUUGUUUCAUCCCAAUCUAGUGAAGCGACCGUAGGCUCUCAGAAGUCUGCUCAUCGAAGUGUGGAUAGCAGUGCUUCCAGUGCCAAGGAGGAACUGUCAGCUGCCAAGUCUAGAAGUGAAGGAGCAUCAUCUCACUCUUCACCACCUUCCUCUGUUGCUUCAUCUCCUUUAUCAGUUUCCUCUCACAGAGGCAGUUCAAAGAGAAAGGAAUCGCAGAAUGGUAGCCCUCAGUUGCCUCUGGAUGUUGUGCAAAACGUAUCCGGCUCUGAACAUAAAAGCAAUGUCGGCAAGCAAGCUCAGUCUGGAAAAGAGCAAUCUGCAGGUUCUGAAUCUGACAGCACCAUGGGUGAUCUUUCUUCUCGAUCUAUUACCAGCCUUAUGUCUGAUGGAGGAAGGAAUGAUAAAAGUCAUUAUUCUAGCAUAAAGGAUACAGCAGGACAAGCACCCUCAGCACCAGCACAUCCAGUCACUGCAGCCGCAGGAAGCCAAGCUCCAGGCUUAAUGGCUGUAUCGGGACAAAGUGCUAUUCGAUUUUCCCCUGCCGGCUUACAGCACCGCAUGUCUGCGGAACUAAACUACUUGGGUGCCAUGGAAGAAUCGGUUAGACAGCUGUGUGAUGUGGAGCGUGUCCGGGGAAUUUCACUUGCACAGCAAGAAACUGUUUCUCUGGCUCAGAUCCUAAAGUCUCAACAACAACGCCAUGAGCAAAGUAUGGCUGCUCUUAGACUGCAAGCAGAACAAGAGGCCCAAGCAAGUAUGAGACAACUGGAGGAGGCACGUCAGAUGGCAGCACAGACACAGGCAGAAAUGCUUCAACGUUUCCAAAAGACGCUGGAAGCUUCUGCAUCGCAAAAUGUUGUCCAGGUACAAGAGGCUGUGGACCAUGAUUACUUGUCUCCUACCAGCUCAGACCCUGCUGCCAUCUCUUCCACGGAACAGCAAAAGCGCCAUCGCUCUCGUGGUAUAAGAAAAAAGACUUCUCGCUCUGCCUCUCCAUCUUCUCAGCCUUCAAGCAGUGUGUCCAGCUUCAAAGAGCAAUCUCACAGUAGCAGUGAACAGGAAAGUCCACCACCUUCAUCUGUCAAGGAGGAAAUCAUUAGUCAGCGAGAUCUGGAGGAGAGCAUCUCUGAGGAGCUGCCAACACCAGACGGGAGUGCGUUAAAGGGGGACAGCAGCAUUUCUCUUGACGAUAAAGGUGUUACCUCAGCAGUUCCUACUAAUGAAGAGGGCAUUGAGGAAUUAUCAUUUCGUUCUCUGCUUCCCUCUGAAUCCCACCGGCGCGGUAGCUUGGAGAGACAGAGAAGUCGGAGACAUGAAUCUGACGAGGAAAGCACUCCUGAUAAGGAGCUCAGUGGCCCCUUUUCAAGUGGACAGGACAGUUUCUGGAAAUUCACAAUGGAGAUGGUUCGGCAAUACAUGCAAGAAGGAGAAAUGCGCUCUGCACACCAGGCUGCUCUCCUUCGCCUGCGUCAGAAAGCACUGAAAGAGAAGACUAAAGCAGAGCUUGCUUGGCUGGAACACCAGAGAAGAAGUCUGCGUGACAAGGGAGAAGAUGACAAAAUGCCACCAUUGAAGAAGAGACAACGAGGCCUUUUACUGAGACUCCAGCAAGAACAGGCGGAAAUCAAGCGUUUGCAGGAAGCAAACAAAGCUGCACGCCGGGAGAGGCAACUUAUCCUGAAACAGCAAGAGGAGAUUCAGCGUAUCCAGGACAGCACACUGCGGCUACAGGAGAAGCUUAAAUCUGCAGAAAGUGGGCAGUUGCCCAGUGAAGGUGAUGUUCGACUCAGUCCACCAUCAAGCCAAGUUCCCUCUGAUGCGGAGAGUCGGAGUCCCUCUCCUGUGUCAGUCUCUGGCAGUGAGACCAGCAGCAUCAUGCAGAAGCUCCGCAAAAUGCACAGCCACAUGGAUGCCAAAUUCUUGACAAAGCGGGAACAGCAGCUGGUGCAGAGGAGGUUACAUGCACAGGAGCUUCUGGAGUGGAAAAGGAGGCUGGAUGCUGAAGAGCUGGAAAUUAGGCGCAUUGAGAAGCAGGCACUGGCUGCUUGGGAGAAACCAAGAGUUAAAACCAAAAGUCAGAGCACUGAGGGAGAAGAGACUGUGCAAGAAGAGAAGAGGAGCAGGGAGGCCUCCCCAACUCCAAUGAGCCCUGCAAUACACACUAGAACCUCUCUAAGUCCCCCACCAGAAUAUUUAUCCUCAGAGAGCAUUGAACCAUCACCCAUUGCUGAACAGAUCCACGAGCAGAGUGGGGAACACAGCAGCAUCUCUGAAGAUCUGGUCUUAUCUGCUCUCAGCAAGAAGUCUCCCCCUAGGAGCAACAAGUCCCAAACGGAAUUAGAAUCCAGCAAGGAGAGUACAAAAUCUGGGAGACAAAAUGUGCACAUUACAUUGAGGCCUCACCAGCUUUCUCACACUUGGUCUGAGGAAUCCUUGUCUAUGACAUAUUCAGAAGCCACAUCUGACCAAAGUGACAUCGAGGGCCGUAUCCGAGCGCUAAAGGAAGAGCUAAGGAAACGCAAAUCAGUUGUGGAAAACCUGAAGAGAGAACAGAAAAGAAGACAGAAAGAAAGACUGAGAGCUCAGGAAGCCAUCUUACUUCAGCAGCUUCAGUCAUAUGAUGAGUACAUUCAGAAGACGCAAGAUGAACUGAGCAGGGAACAAGCUACAACACCACCCAGUGUUAAGAGUGUGACUAAAGCUGACCAGGAUUUAUUUUCUGUGAGACCUGAUUACCUACAAAGAGCUGACAUCACUCCUUCCUUUAAAGCUGAGAGCGAGCACAUAACAGACAUCAGUACCAGGUCUGAAGCAGAGAGCAGCAAACAAGAGAAAUCUUUGGACAGCAGGAAUGAAGUUGUAACGGAGAGUAUCCCUGAUGAACCUGUACUUGUACCGCAGCAUUUCACUGGCAAGGAAGAUGUAUCUGUUGCAAGUUCUCUGUUACUCCCAGCCAGGGAGGCUUUACCAAACUCGGCACAUGACAGUCCUGUGUCCAGUAUACAUUCAGAGAUUCCCGAGGAUGUGCUCGACACACAAAGCCAAAGGUCCAUCUCACCUUUGCCUACCUUGAACCUUAAUUUAAGGAGCGAGACUCCAGAGGAUGACAUCUCCCCACAAAAAGACCACUCUUACUCUGAGGAUUUUGAGUCAUCUGUACCCUUAAAGCUGUCAGCCUCUGAAACUCCACGUGAGGAAUUUGAUGUCUCAUUGACAACACCAGGAAGGGAGCUACAUAGUGAUAGCUUUUUUGAGAAAGAAGAGGAUAACGUUGAGCUAAAAUCGGCUAGUCCUCACAUUCUAGACUUCAGCGAGGUCAAGCCUCCUUCACUAGAACACCUUCCCAUUAGUAACAUAACUGACCCACUUGCAAUGUUACAGCUGGGAGACAGAGUUUUAGUUAGUGGCGUACAACCUGGUACACUACGUUUUAAAGGAGAAACCCUCUUUGCAGAAGGCAUAUGGGCUGGGGUGGAGCUUGACAAAUCUGAAGGCAACAAUGAUGGCUCACUAGGAGGAAGUCGAUAUUUUGUAUGCUCUCCUCUUCAUGGAAUCUUUGCUCCACCAUACAAAAUCAGUCAGUUAGUAGAAGAAGAAUUUGUGUCCCCAUCAGCAGGAAAAUACAUCUUAUCAGAAGAUACAGCAUUUGUAAAUAGGGAUUAUCUAGAUGGCCACCUUCCUUUAAUCGAGGACUUUGAACAAAAAACCCCAGAGAAGACCCCUUCGCAAAGUGCAGAAUCUAGUGUUUUUGAAUUACACACCACAUCCAUACAAGAGGAGCUGCAAGUGGACAUCAUCACUGAUACUGCACUUCUGGAUAAGGAGCCACAGGACUUUCUUUUAGAGCCCACUGAGAAACUUCAUGAGGAUAACUCCUACAAAAGAGCCCCAGAAGUGGGCACGAUUUCAGAUAGCCUUUUGCAAGCAUGCCUGAAGGACACCGUUGCCUACCUCCAAAAUAUUCGCAAUCAGCGGGCACAGAAAAUUCAGCAGAGCAACCAGGAAUUCCACACUGUUCGGGUUUCAGAAGAGAUCCCAAAACAAGAUCAGCACCAAAGACUGGGACCUUUCCAUGAUACUUUUACCGAACAGAAAGUCGAAGAGUUUGACCCAAGCCAUAGCAUACUGUCAGUGCUCAGAGAAGAUGCAGACUGGUUUGAGGAGGAUUUUGGACUGAGUAGUCAUAAAAAACAACGCUUAGAACGUGCUCCUUCAGCCGGAACCGUGACAGAGCCAAGUAUGUUAGUACCUCGAUCUGAAGCACCUCUGAAGCCUACUCUGCCCAUCUCCCCACCAGAGCUCACCAUGGCUGUUCCUCACUCUGCGUUGGAGGCGGAGCAGCUGGUUCAAUCAGCAGUGGAUGAAUUGUGGGGAUGGAAACGGCUAAGCCUGGACAUUGCAGAGAUCCGAAACAAUUUCACACGGUGUGAGAAUGAAGAGCAGAGUCCAGCCCACCGUGCCUAUAAAGAAAUGUUGUUCGACCUAACAUUGGACAUAUUUGAAGAAAUCUGCUCUCCCGACCCCAGAGGAUCUCAACCGCCAUGGAAAAAACCUGUACGGGUGACCCCGUCAUACUCCCGACGGGUGAGGGAUCCCAAUAACAUCCAGGAAGUGAAGUCUUUCCUGACAAGCGAAGUUCUUAAUCUCUUAAGUUUAAAGAAGGAACAAAAUCAUAAAAUGGACUGGCAGAGGAUGAUGAAGUUUGGAAGGAAGAAGAGAGACAGAGUGGAUCAUAUUCUGGUGCAGGAAUUGCACGAGGAGGAGGCGCAAUGGGUGAACUACGACGAGGAUGAACUCUUUGUAAAGAUGCAGCUGGCUGACGGAAUAUUUGAAGCCUUAAUACGUGACACUAUACAAGUCCUGCAGCGCAUCCAGAGCAAGAAGAACCACUCGCCCACAGUGUGAUUUGUACAUGUCAUGUCUUGCUACUCACAAAAUUACUGAUGAAAGAGCUCUCCAUGCAUGGGUAGGAGACACGGGACUGUGCUGUUCCUGCUACAAGGAUGAGCCAGACCCUCUGAGGACAGUGUUCUCUGAUUAGAGAAUGAUGUUAUAAGGAGUAAUACUGAUUCUCCUCUUUAAACUUUGAAUUUUAGACUUUUCCU